ACGUCAAACUUUCAGUAACCUCUCAUUCUUAGUAUGUGGAAUUCAUUCCAAAACUCAUAUGAUAAAGAUAUUUAAAUAGAGGGGAAAAGAUGCCAAACAUUGAAAUCAAACAACUUUACAAUCAUGAAAGGGUUCCUGCUGAUAAAACAUUAGCUCUUUUAUUGUAUCUCCCAUUUGGAAUUAUCCUCUUUUUAUUUAGGUUAAUAGUAUUCCUACCUGUGUUUUUAUUUUGUUCUAUUCUACCAAAUACAAACUUAGUACAGGGAUUGUUAUUGAAGCUUGUAUGCUUCUGCCUUGGAAUUGCCAUAAACAUUGAAAACAAUGAAAAAAAAGAAGAUGUUGAUGCAUACAUCAGUAACAACAUCUCUAUUUUGGACCAUAUUGUUAUGAAGAUACUUACAGGAAGCACUAAGCCAAGCUCUGAAAUUGAUACUCGAUUGUCACUGUUAUGUGGGGAGAAAUAUUUUGGAACGAUUGCAAACCUUGAUGCAUUCAAAAAAAACCUCUCUGUGUUCAUGAGCAGCAAGAAAGUACCUAUCUAUUUCCAACCUGAAGGCGUCAUGACAAAUGGCAAGGCUGUAUUAAAAUUUAACACUUGGCCAUUUUCAAUGUGCAGCAAAUUCCAGCCAGUUGUUAUUAACAUUGAUAGGCCUAUUCUUAAUAUAGCAGCGAAUACAAUGGAUGCUCAUUAUUGGACAGACGUGUUCUUCUACAUGUUCUCCCCUUUAACCGUCUACAAUGUCCAAUAUUUACCUUCAAUUGAGAAGAAGGCCUUCUCCGACGAAGAUUUGGCGAAUAUUAGUCAACAGGCGAUUGCACAUGCUUUGAAGAUUGAAGCUGUUGAUCACAAGUCGGCUGAUAUGAAGGAAUGGUUAAAGAGGCACUUAUUGGAACUUAAAAGAACUGCAGUUGUCCAAAACAACCGCUCUGCUAAUUAUGCAGUUAGUCCUGAGAUGACCAGGAUGGGUCUACAAGUAAAGGAAGUCUUGCCGCUAGUUCCAAUGGAGGAUAUUAUAAAAGAUUUAAUAAAAACCCGUAACGUCGAUGUAACAAUAACCAAUAUAUUAGAUGGGGCCGUGGAUUAUAUACCGGAAUCGGUGAAUGCUGUUCCAGUUGCGAGUACUUCUUCUCCAAUAAUUAGUACUUCUUCAUCGUUUGGUCCAUCGAGUAGCAACGGUAGCAAAGAUCCCUUCAAUACCGCAGCAGAAUCAUUCGGAAAAUCUGCGAGCGAACGCAGUUUAUCUUUCCAAGAACGAAAACGACUUCUGAUUGAGAAUGCUCGUAGACGAUACAUCGAGAAGCACGGACUCAACUUAGUAGCUUUAAAUAAUUGUUGAUAGUUUUCCUGCGAUUCUGAUUUUCCUCUCAAUUUCAUUUAAUUUCAAUAGGAUUAGUGCCAAAACAAUAUUUAAGCACAUUAUUCACUUCAUAAGGUUCCAAUCUGUUUACUGCACGGCAAUGUUUAAAGCAGGCCGCCUCAAACACUUGCUUUAAAUCAUAAUUUUAUCUCUUAGUUUCUCCUUAUAAGAAUGUAUUUGAUUUUUUAAAAAUUUUAAUCUACUAAAAGUACGCUGGAUUAAUCUGCGAUUGGCUAGUGAUAUUUUUCCCAAUUUUCAAAUACAAUUUAAGUUUUUUUUU